AAUCAAAAACAGACAAAAUUGUGGGAAGGGAAUCUGAAAAGGCACAGCUGCCAUUCCAAAUGGUUUCAGAGAAGGAGGGAAAUCAGCAGCCAAAUCCACACGACUUAGGACCCGGGAGACAAGGAGCUAAUAUGAGCACAGUCCCAUCAGACAUACUAAAGAUCCCUGUGGAGAUCCAGAAAACCCUAGACAACCUUCUAAAAGAUGACCUAAAGAAUUUUAAUUUCUACUUACAAGAAUACAGUAAAUCCAAGCAUGGACCUAUUCCUCGAGGUAAACUGGAGGGCAAGGACACCAUGGACACCACUAAGUUAAUGACUGACCAUUAUGGAAGCAAGGAGGCUUUACAGGUCACAAAAGACAUUCUAAAAGAAAUCAAUCAGCGAGAACUUGCUCGUCAGCUGGAAAAGAAAAUGGGUCAACUGGAACAGCAGAGUCUUUCGAAAGACGUUUUGAAGAAAGAAGCUAACCAGGGUGAAAAACUUAAGAAUCUGUUAACUUGCGGUGGGAACUCACUGGACAACUAUGACCAAUUUAUUGUUGUUGUCAACAAGAGUAGUCCAGAACAAGUAGAGUAUCUUCUGUUUUUGAAUAAGCUGAAACCCUUUUGUGUGUUGGACUUUGACCCUAACUCUGUUGCUCAAGGUGGAUUGUGUCAUUUCUACAGAGAGUCAAGGGUGGCCAAUCUGCAUACACCAUCACAGUAUCAAGGACAAACUGAAACAGUGAUAAAAGGCCUUAACCUCUACAAACACACCAGCUGGGUCUUCUGCAAUGGCAGACAUGACCUUGAUGGUGAGUCAAACAAGGAGUUAGACUAUAAAAACUGGCUGAGGAAAUCUUGCAGAGAUGUAGAGCAGUUGGUUUCAUUUAUUUGCAACCCUGACGUUCUUUUACACAAUGGAAGUCUCAUAAUUUUCCUCUUACUCUCACCUGUGGACACUGAAAAAGACCCAAUCUUUGACAUCUACAAAUCUUUCAUCAAACACACAAAAGAGGAAAGCAUCAUCACUAUUUGUGAAUCUCAGGGCAUGUAUGAGAAAUGGCGGAAGCUUGUACAAGAAAAGUGUGAAUCUGACAUCGACCCACGAUCAAUAUAUGAUCUGACCCUCAGUGAGGUCAAUGGAACCGUAAUGGCACUGGGACCAUUCAAUCAGUCAUCCGAAAGGUUGCUUCCCUCUUCUGGUUCUAGUUUUGUUGUUCUAAAGCAGAAGGAUGAAGACUUGUUGGCAGCUCUGGAUAUUUUGUGUAUGAAUCAGUGUGAAAACACAAUUGAUGAAAACAGUUCAGAGUUUCAUGACCACAGAAUCAGAGUUGAGGAGGAAUUCUACAAAGGAGGCAAAGUCAAAUGGUGGAACUUCUACUUCUGUGACAAAGACAAAGAGAAGCCAUUUGUUAAACGGGACAAGUACGAAAAUGUGAAGAAGAUGAUAAGGUCUCAGUUAAGGGAUUCCAAAAACAUGUGUGCCCUACUCAAUCUGUUUCAUCAUCCAGGCUGUGGAGGUACCACUUUAGCAAUGCAUGUGAUGUGGGAUCUCCGUCAAGAGUUCAGGUGUGCUGUACUGAAGGACAACACACUGCCAAAGAAAGAAGUUGCCAAUCAAGUCAGUACGCUCAUGAAACUUGAAAGUGAGAAACCAUCUCCAGUUUUGCUGUUAGUCGAUGAUUCAAAAGAAGCCGAGAAUCCUCACAUACUUGUGAACUGCAUACAUAAAGCAGUAGAGUAUGGCUUAAACAUGAAUGUGGUUGACGCACCAAACUGCAAAGUCAUCAUCCUUAACUGUGUUCGAUCCCACAGCCCAAAGGAGCAAUACAAACAGCAGAACACAGCACAAAGUCAAUUCAUAACUGCUUCAUUGACACAAGAAGAGCAGAAGGAGUUUGAAAAGAAGCUCAAAGAACUUCAAGAAACUCAUGAAAAACCUGAAAACUUUUACAGCUUCAUGAUCAUGAAGAGCAACUUUGACAAAAAGUACAUCAAGGAUCUUGCUCGUAACACACUGGAGAACUUUGAUUACAGCUCAAAUAAGGCCAGACUGUUUGCCUUUCUAGUGUUACUUAACACUUAUAUGGCAGAAUCAGAAAUCUCUCUUUCCCUCUGUAAAGAUUUUCUGGGGAUGAAAAUGAUACAAUGGUCGGGGGACAGCAUAAUGGGCAGAAUGGAGCCAUACUCAAACUUUCUCAUCAUGGACACAGUUGAAGACUUGGGAGGAUACAAAGGAAUCCGCAUCCUUCAUCACUCCAUAGCAUCUGCAUGUCUGGAAGAGUUGGAGAGAAGCUACUUACUAAAAGUAAGUGAUAUCACUAUGGAGAUUCUUCAUUGUGAUCUGUUCUUCAGUAUUGGUGUUGUCAAACACAGAUUCAUGCUCUCUAUUCAACAAAUGUUGAUUGAAAGGCAGCGCAAGAAAGAUGGAGAUGAGAGAGAACCAUUUUCUCCUCUUAUAGGCAAAAUCCACCAAGAUCAAGGGAGACAAACUGUCCAAGACAUCUUUGUGAAAGCAUCAUCCAGGUUUGUGACAAGUGCGUCUAUUCCUCAGGCCCUUGCGAGAUAUUUGUACAUCAAGGAGAGUGACUUCCCAGAGGCUCUGCAAUGGGCUGAAAAGGCCAAGAACAUCAGACAAAACCCAUACACAUUUGACACAAUUGGGCAGAUUCACAAAAGCAAUUUAAAAUCUAACAACCACAGAGAAAAGCAGGAAACUUCACGCAAUCCAGAGGACCUAAAAACAAACAUUAAAAUAGCAGAAAAUGCUAUUGCAGCAUUUAAAAGGGCUCAAGAGCUGGCAAAUGAAGAUGACAAACCUGAGACAGAAGCUGCUGAUGAUGAGUCAGAUGACUAUCCCAGAAAGUCAUAUGAUGUUAAUGGCUAUGUAGGGGUGCUGGAUAUUGCCUUCCUGGUCUUUGAGAUAUUGAGCAGAUUGCCCUUCUUUGAGGAAAAUCAUCCAAUGAAGAAGAAGUACUUGCAGAGUUUUCUGAAAAAAACAAUCCCAAUCACCAGUGUGUAUAAGAAGGACAAUGAGUUCAACAACAGAUAUGUGGAGAUAAUCAAAGAACACGAACACUUUCUACAGAGUUUAAAAUCUGAAGUAAAAGAAAUUUUCGAACUUCUUGUCUUUUACUUCACAAAUAUAAAAGCGAACACCUCUAAAUUAGAUUUUCUUUCGAUUGUCAGUGUACUUUUUAAAAAGUAUGUAUCUCUUUUUUGCACUACUUCAGAGGAAAUAAAACAAGAACAACAUCCUCAUCUCAAUUUGGAAAUCGCUAUUGAGGAGCGAAGAUUGUUUCUUGAAGAGAAACAUGCAGAUACAUUUUCCGGAAUUCUUCAGCUUUUGGACAAUCCUGCCGUGGAGAUUGAGAAGAUCACAGAAUGCUAUGCAUUCUUACAACAACAACAACUUAUCAACCAAAAACAAAAGACAAAGGAAACCAUCAAUUACAUUUUGUCAAACAUAGUUCUUUACGUUUUGAGAAGAAAAUCUAAACAUGUAAAGAGUUACAGCUACCUCUCUACUCUACUUUUGAAAACGCUCCAAGAAGUAGGACUUCAGUAUCCCUUCCCAGAUCCAUACUACCUGGCUAUGCUGUUACUCUGGCCAAGUCCUAGGCAUGAAAACACAGAAAUUGAGACAUAUGUGAGAGCAAUUCGGAAAUCGAAGCGCCUGUUUUUAUCAUUUCGAAUAAGGAACACUAUUGCCCUCCUCUACCUUGGGAAAGAAGAGGGACUCAAGAGGCUUGUUUCUAAACGCCAACUAGAUGAGAAUUUUAAAGAGAUGCGCCGUGAUACCUUGUCGCAACUUUGGCGGAAUGGAGAUAUAUUUAAAAACAAAGCAAUUAUUAACCGCCUUCACAGAGUCAGUGGAACGACUGAACAAGGAGAGGUGUUUGCCAAUUAUGGCAAACUGAAAAUCCCUGUGCGUCCAGCUUUAAUUGCUGGUAUAAGAAGUGGUUCAAGCACAGAAAAAGUUUCUUUCUACCUUGGCUUUGCCAUUAAUGGACCCCUGGCAUAUGAUAUCCAGUAUGAAAACUAGGGUAGCUGAUUGUACAACAAGUGCAUCAGAAAGGCAAAGACAUGAACUACACAGUGUGAAAAAAUCUGUGAACUAACUGUGACCGAAUUUCAAACACACCUCAUAAAUGCACAUGAGCAUUUGAUAAUUAGCCAGAUUGCAGGGUUAUAUGGUGAUCCUGUAGCUCAAUAUAGCUGCAGAAGUUAGUUUUUAUAUUAUUUUUAUGUCAUCUAAUGUUUUAUUAACCUUUAUUAUCAAUCUUCCAAGGAGUAUUUGUUGUUUUGUUUUUGUUUACUCUUGCAGAUGUUGCAUAUUUGCCAAGCAAUAUCAUAUUCAUUUAUUUUAAAGUGCAAAUAUCAUAAUACAGAAGUUAAUCUCAUUUUUGAACAAACAACUGACGCAUGAACUGUACCUUUUGAGAAACAGGUGUGACAGCCAGUGAUUCACUGUGAUGGUACUUUAAAAACACCUCAUAAAAGCACAUGGGCAUUUGAUUAAACAGACAUAUUUCAGGUUGUUAUGAUGAUCCUGUAGCUCUAUCUAUAGAUGUUUGCUCUUAUAUUAUUUUUUAUGAGGUUUAAUCUCUUAACAUUUAUUAUCCACUUUCCAAGGGAGUUGUUGUUUUGAUGUUGUUGUCUCUUGCAAAUGUGGCACAUUUGCCAAAUUACCUUCUUUUCAUUUAUCUGCAAGUGCAAAUACAAUAUGCGUAGUUAAACACAAGCACUGAUGCAUGAACUGUACCUUUUGAGAAACAGGUGUGGCAGCCAGUGAACUUCAAACACACCUCAUAAAAGCACACGAGCAUAUUAUAAUCAGACAGAUUGCAGGGUUAUGUAACAUCUUCUUGCUCAAUAUAGCCGCUUAUUUACUGUUUGAUUUUAAUAUUCCUUUUAAUUACAUUUAAUAUUUUAUUAACAUUUAUCAUACAUUUUCUGAGAAGUUUUUAAAAUUAUUUUGCAGAUGUGGCAUAGUUGCCAAACAAUCUCCUACUCAUUUAUUUUAAGGUGCAGAUAUCACAGGAGUUAAUCUUAGCUCAUUUUUGAACAAACAACUGACGCAUGAACUGUACCUUUUGAGAAACAGGUGUGACAGCCAGUGAUUCACUGUCAUGGAACUUUAAACACACCUCAUAAAAGCACACGAGCAUAUUAUAAUCAGAGGGAUUGAAGAGUUAUAUAACAUCCUCUUGCUCAAUAUAGCUGCUUAUUUACUGUUUGUUUUUUAUAUUACAUUUAAUGACAUUUAAUACUUACAUAUAUCAUCCACUUUCUGAGGAGUUUUUUUAUUAUUAUUUUGCAGAUGUGACGCAUUUGGCAAAUAUCAUAAUUCAAAAGUCAAGCUUAGUUCAUUUUUGUACAUAUGAGGGCAACACAAGCACAACACAGGGAAAGUAAACUUUUUCUUGAAGAAAUAGAGAACUCUGGAGCUCCCAAAUGUCAUUUGAGAACCAUUGAUCUAGCCCUUAAUACUUUUGUAUUUUUUUUUGUUUGACUAUACAUUGUAACAUCAUUAUAAACUUCAUCGAACAAGUUAACCUGAAAUAAAUUUUGUGCAACAAUGUGAUUGAUGGUUGUAAAGUUUUCUGUAAGGACAAGAUUUAGCCAAAAAUGGUUUGUGAACUGUAAAUGUUUCAGUGUCCAGCCAUCCCAUAAUUCUAAACCAUGAUUUGCUGUUUGCCUUUUCAGAGACUGAACCUUAGUUUGUAUUUUGUUGCUGUAAGAUACUGUAAUGUUAGUUAUUAAUGUAGAUAUUAGUAUUGAAGUCAGAAAUGGUAACUUAAUGUUUUUUGACAUGUGUUUAUGAGCACAAAUGUACUUCAUGCCACUCCUGCCUGAGUCAGUGCCUAACUACUAUCUAAAGAGUCUAGACAUGCCACUGAAAUGCAUGUAAAAUUCUUAACUAUGCAAUUAAAAAGUAUCAUAUUGUACGUACAGUAUUGUCUUAAUUCUUGUUAAUAAUCGUAACUUUCACUCUGUGGACUAAU